CGGGCUUAUGGGAUGAGGUGGGUGCAUUUCCGCCCACAUCUCAGCCCGGAAAAUCCCAAGUACAGAAACAAGUCAAAGCAAGGCAGCAGCACAGCCCUCCCAGUUCACUUCAGAGCCCAAAGGCAGCAUUUCUUUCCUCUCCUGAUCUUUUCGCCAGCUCCCUCCCGUAAGCCAGGGCUCUUCCAACUUAUAUUCAUUUUUAAAAAACAAAACCCCAGACAAACCAGUGAGACAUUGCAGGAGAAGAGAAGAAGCCUGGCUAGUGGCUUCCCCCUUCUCUCCUCUGUGAGCAAGUUCCCAGGAACAGCUCAGUGCCUCUGCUGGAUGGAGGGAGGUAGGAGGGGGUGGAAUGUGUGAAAAACGGGGGGAUCAAAAGGCAGCGGUAUUUCAUGGAUGCCUCCAGAAUUGAGACUAUAUGUGGGUGACAGAGAGAUUGUCGAGGGGGGAGUGAGUGGGGUAAUAGAGAACAAGACAGACUAACAGGGAGAGAGAGAGAGAAAGAGAGAGAGAGAGAGAGAGAGAGAGAGAGAGAGAGAGAGAGAGAGAGAGAGAGAGAGAGAGAGAGAAGCAAAGAGAAGAGAGAGAGUGUGUGUGUGUGAGAGAGAAAAAGAAAUAGAAAGAGAAAGAAAUAGAGAAAAGAACUGGGGGAGGGAGAGAGAGAAGCAAAGAGGAGAUAGGUAGAGAAAGGGAGAGAGUUUGUGUGUGAGAGAGAAAAAAAUAGAAAGAGAAAGAAAUAGAGAGAAAAGAACUGGGGGAGGGAGAGAGAGAAGCAAAGAGGAGAUAGACAGGUAGAGAGAGGGAGAGAGUUUGUGUGUGAGAGAGAAAAAAUAGAAAGAGAAAGAAAUAGAGAAAAGAAUGGGGAGAGAGAAGCAAAGAAGAGAGACAGACAAGUAGAGAAAGGGAGAGAGUUUGUGUGUGAGAGAGAAAAAAAUAGAAAAAGAAAGAAAUAGAGAGAAAAGAACUGGGAGAGAGAGAGAGAGAGAGAGAGAGAGAGAGAGAGAGAGAGAGAGAGAGAGAGAGAGAGAGAGAGAGAGAGCGGGCAAACGAGCCAGAGGGAGAACAGGGUCUCCAUGACAACUGGCCUGGCCAGCUAGUUGUGCUUGUGCUCAUUGGAGCUGGAAGAAGCUUUGAAAAGGUCAGAGGAAGGAGCUGUGGGAAGCACGCAGCAGGUAUUGGACCCUAAGCGAGUGGAUUUGGGGGCCCAGGGCUCCCCAGGCUGAGCUUGGUGUGAACACUACCCUGCUGAGAAUGGAGUGGUCAGGAAAGCCCCGGGAAUUUCAGGGUCUUGGAUUCACGGAGAGCCGAAAUGACCAUGACUGCCAACAAGAAUGCCAGCAUCACCCACGGAGCUGGAGGCACUAAGACGCCUCGGGAGACCCUGGGCCGGUCUCAGUCAGUUUCUCCCCCUCCAGUUCUCUCUCCCCCAAGAAGCCCUUCCUGCCUGCUCAGCCACAGUGAAAAUCCAGCCAGCAGUUCCCCCCCUGGCCCUGGCUCCCAGCUACUCCUCAAGGACUGGAGCCCCCAGGCCGCCUCGCCCGACAGCCCCCCUGAGCUGCCCCUGGACAGCCAACCCUCUAGCCAGCCGGUCAAGACUGCUAGCGUGGGCUGCUUGGCCAAUAGACUCGAGGUGUCCAAGGGAGAGGACCAGAAGGAGACCCUUCAGUGGGAGGCCCAGAAUGGGGAGGAGGUAGCCGGCCACCCACCCCUCGCCCACAGUCCAUCGUCCCUGGGUCCAUCGGCCUGUCUGCGGAGCAUCCCGCGGGGCCGCCCUGGCACCCGCAGCCUGGGUAUCCGGGAGAAGAUCUCAGCAUGGGAAGGCCGCCGAGAGGCCUCGCCCAGGAUGAAUGUUUUUGGGGAGAAGAGGGAGGGCUCCAAGGGCGAUCGGGCAGCCAGUGAGGGCUGCCCCAGCGUGUUGCCCUCCCCGUGCAGCUCAGAGAAGACCUUUGAUUUCAAGGGCCUCCGGAGGAUGAGCAGGACCUUCUCAGAGUGCUCAUACCCCGAGACGGAGGAGGAGGGAGAGGCCCUCCCCGACCGGCCGGACAAACGGCCCAGCCGGAAUGAUUCCACCGCCUUCCUCAAGGGCCACAGCCGGAAGGAGAGCUCGGCUGUGCUGAGCCGGAUCCAGAAAAUCGAGCAGGCCCUGAAGGACCAGCCGGGCCGGGGGCUCCCCCAGCUUCCCAGCAGCUGCUACAGCUUGGAUCGAGGAAGGAGAAAGACGACGACUCUGGGCACCCUGGGCACCUUGGAGGAGUUGGCAGGGAGCCCCGGCGUUGGUGGCCGAGGAGGAGGGGGUGCUGCGGUGGUCAGGGGUGAGGCGGGCCCACCCCCAGAGAGUGAGGGCUGUGGCCUUAGCAAACUGGAGCCCCCCCGAAGCAGUCCCACCCCCAAGGGGCUCCCCGAGAGCCCCCCUGAUCUAGACGUGAACCCCGUCCCUAAACCCAAACGCACCUUUGAGUAUGAGGCUGACAAAACCCCCAAGAGUAAGCCAAGCAAUGGUCUACCUCCUUCCCCCACACCUGCUGCUCCCCCACCUCUGCCCUCCACCCCAGCCCCUCCAGUCACCAGAAGACUCAAGAAAGACUCGCGUUUUCACCGCAAGUCCCAGAGCAGCAAGAAAAGUGGAGAGAAAUCCCAGAGGGUGGUCAAGGACCGGUGGUCCCUAAUAUAUAAAAGAAAAUCCUUUGAAUUUGAGGAUGCAUCCAGUCUCCAGUCCCUGUACCCCUCCUCCCCCACCGAGAAUGGUACUGAGAGCCAGCACAAAUUUGGAUCCAAGAGCACUUUAGAAGAGAAUGCCUAUGAGGAUAUUGUGGGAGAUAUGCCCAAGGAGAAUCCUUAUGAGGAUGUGGACCUGAAGGGCCGGCGGACAGGCCGAAAAUCCCAGCAGCUGUCUGAGAACUCCCUAGACUCUUUGCACAGGAUGUGGACCCCCCAGGACAGGAAGUACAACAACCCACCCCCCCAGCUCUCCCUGAAAUCCGGCACCCAGUCUUUGCGCGUCGGGAAUUGGUCCGAGAGGAAGGGCCACCGGUUGCCACGGUUACCCAAGAGGCAUAGCCAUGAUGAUAUGCUGCUGUUGGCCCAGCUGAGCUUGCCUUCCUCACCCUCCAGCCUCAACGAGGACAGCCUCAGCACCACCAGUGAACUGCUGUCAAGCCGCCGUGCCCGCCGAAUCCCUAAGCUUGUUCAAAGGAUCAAUUCCAUCUAUAAUGCCAAGAGGGGCAAGAAGAGGUUAAAGAAGCUGUCAAUGUCUAGCAUUGAGACGGCGUCACUGAGAGAUGAGAACAGUGAGAGCGAGAGCGAUUCUGACGACCGAUUUAAAGCUCACACCCAGCGCCUGGUCCACAUUCAGUCCAUGUUGAAGCGGGCACCCAGCUACCGGACUCUAGAGCUAGAAUUGAUUGAAUGGCAGGAGCGAGAGCUCUUUGAGUACUUUGUGGUGGUGUCUCUGAAGAAGAAGCCAUCCAGAAACACCUACCUCCCUGAGGUCUCCUACCAGUUCCCCAAGCUGGACAGACCCACCAAGCAGAUGCGGGAGGCCGAGGAGAGGCUCAAAGCCAUCCCCCAGUUCUGCUUCCCUGAUGCCAAGGAUUGGUUUCCUGUUUCUGAUUAUAGCAGUGAAACCUUCUCUUUCAUGCUCACGGGAGAAGAUGGCAGCCGCCGGUUUGGCUACUGCAGGCGGUUACUGCCGAGUGGGAAAGGGCCUCGGCUCCCCGAGGUGUACUGUGUCAUCAGCCGCCUUGGCUGCUUUGGCCUGUUUUCCAAGAUCCUUGACGAGGUGGAGCGACGUCGGGGGAUCUCGGCCGCCCUGGUGUACCCCUUCAUGAGAAGUCUCAUGGAGUCACCCUUCCCUGCUCCAGGAAAGACCAUCAAAGUGAAGACAUUCCUGCCUGGUGCAGGAAAUGAGGUACUGGAGCUGCGGCGCCCUAUGGACUCGCGCUUGGAGCAUGUAGACUUUGAGUGUCUGUUCACCUGCCUCAGCGUUCGCCAACUCAUCCGUAUAUUUGCCUCAUUGUUACUGGAGCGGCGUGUCAUCUUCGUUGCCGACAAGCUCAGCACCCUGUCCAGCUGUUCCCAUGCCGUGGUCGCCCUGCUCUACCCUUUCUCCUGGCAGCACACCUUCAUCCCUGUGCUCCCAGCUUCCAUGAUUGACAUUGUCUGUUGUCCCACUCCUUUUCUGGUUGGUCUGCUCUCCAGUUCCCUCCCCAAACUGAAGGAGCUGCCUGUGGAAGAGGCCCUGAUGGUGAAUCUGGGAUCUGAUCGGUUCAUACGGCAGAUGGAUGAUGAGGACACCCUGUUGCCUAGGAAGUUACAGGCGGCUCUGGAGCAGGCUCUGGAGAGAAAGAAUGAAUUAAUCUCCCAGGACUCUGAUAGUGACUCUGAAGAUGAGUGUAAUACCCUUAAUGGGCUGGUAUCUGAGGUGUUUAUUCGGUUUUUUGUGGAGACCAUUGGGCACUACUCUCUGUUCCUAACUCAGAAUGAGAAGGGGGAAAGAGCCUUCCAGCGGGAGGCCUUCCGAAAAUCUGUGGCCUCUAAGAGCAUCCGCCGCUUCCUGGAGGUUUUCAUGGAGUCCCAGAUGUUUGCUGGCUUCAUCCAGGACAGAGAGCUGAGAAAAUGUCGGGCCAAGGGCCUGUUUGAGCAGCGCGUGGAGCAGUAUUUAGAGGAACUCCCCGACACUGAGCAGAGUGGGAUGAAUAAGUUUCUUCGAGGCCUGGGCAACAAAAUGAAGUUCCUUCACAAGAAGAAUUAGACCUCUUCACGGCCACCGAGAGGCUAUUUGUCAGAUUGUGCAGAGAGCCCCGCGCCCACAGAGCCAGGGCAGCAAAAGUGGGGUCUCCCUUCCCCGCUGCGGGCACAGAGUUCCUGCCUCGUCCCCCCACCCGCUGACCACAGCUGCCAAGCCCCAUCCAUGUCCAGGAUGUCCCAGGAUGCGUGUUUGUAAAUAAUCUGCUGCAAGCUUUCGGAACUGGUUUUGUAAUGAGCAAGGAGAACGGUGUUAAGUAUUUGUAUAUUCCCGGGAGGACCAUGCCAUAGCAUGGAUCGAGUUUUGCUUGGUGCCAGCGAUUGGCCACUUAUGUGCAACUGACUGUCUCAGCCAAACCACUGACCUUUCCCUCAGAGGAGUCUGCCCCCUGGCCCAGACCUGUGGCAGAGGGACUUGGAUGCCUGAGGCCCCUGUUCCCAGUCUUGGGCCUUGGAGGGCAGGGAAGUCAUUUCAUUGGUGCAAAAGGACUGGUUUUUAUCUUACAGAGUUUCUAUUUUUCUCUAGUUUUCUUUCUAUUUCAUUUGGAAACAACAAGGCCAACCAGGCCACAUUUGCAGCAAGGUACUUGGCUCCUACACACUCACAUCCAUGUCCCCAGCUCUCCUCCAUCCCAAGUGAUGAUGAGCAGUGAGUGAGCCCCUGGGAGCCCCGACCCCUCCACAUUAGGACUGCAGGACACCAACUGGCCCCUGUUUGCCCUGCCCUCCCACCAGCGGCAGUGGCAAUUUGGUACAGCGUGUCCAUUCUCCCAGUGUACGGGUGUUCCCAAUAAAUGGUGUACAGUUGUCUGGG